UUUACUGGACUCCUGUGAGGGCAGGGCAGUAGCUAGGGAUAAACUUCAGAGCUCUUCAAACACAGCCUGGCCUCUUCUGCAGGAGUCACACAAGUGCAGUUCACUUGGAUCCCCGAGUGAAGUCUGAUCUGUACAGGUCUGUGUGUUCUUGCUGUGCCUGAUGCUGUGGGAGCUCUUCACUGGAUCUGUUCUCGGCUCUUCCAGCGGGAAGGUUAGGAGCUCAACUCUGCUACCAGAAAUCUCUUUUUCUCAAGGGAGCUGUAUCUUUCGCUGCCAUGGGUCAGACUUCUUCUACACCUGUUGCAGAUGCCCACAAUAUGGUCUCCAGCUUUGAUGCAUUUUUCAAAACUUUCAAGAUGGAAAGCAAAAUCAUUUCUGAGGAGACCAUCAGUUCAAUCCAGAGGUUUAUGGAGCAAGGGGACAUGCAGAAAGCAAUUUCUACAAUCAAUGCUGCUUUGGCAGAGAUCGAGAAGGCCCCUCUGAGCAUUGCAGUGACAGGGGAGACAGGGGCAGGAAAGUCUACUUUCAUCAAUGCCCUGCGGGGCAUAGGACAAGAAGAAAUUGACUCAGCUAGGAGCGGAGUGGUAGAGACCACAAUGGUUAGAGAGAAGUAUACCCACUCGAAGUUCCCUAACGUGACCAUCUGGGAUCUCCCUGGGGUCGGUUCAACUACCUUUAAACCAGAAGAAUAUCUGAAAAAAAUGAAGUUCCAGGAGUAUGACUUUUUUCUCAUCAUCUCAGCCACUCGCUUUAAAGAGAACGAUGCCCAGUUAGCCAAGGCCAUUGGAAAAAUGAAAAAGAAUUUCUAUUUCGUUCGGACAAAAAUUGAUAGUGAUUUGUGGAAUCAGAGAAGAUGUACACCCAAGACCUACAAUAAGGAAAAAACCCUAGAGACUAUCCGAAAAAACUGUGUGGAGAAUCUCCAGAAGGCUGGCAUGGCUCUCAUGCCUGUCUUUUUAGUCUCUAGCAUUGAGGUAGCCCAUUUUGAUUUUCCUCACCUGCAGUUCACCCUUUUGAAGGACCUGCCGGUGCACAAGCGCCACAUCUUCAUGCAGUGCCUUCCUAACGUAACCGAGGCCGCUAUUGACCGCAGGAAAGAUGUUCUGAAACAGAAGAUCUGGCUGGAGGCUCUGAAAUGUGGAGCAUCGGCCACCAUCCCUAUGAUGGUUUUCUUCAAGGAUGACAUUGAGGAACUGGAGAAGACCCUGACCCACUACAGGUCUAGCUUUGGGCUGGAUGACAAAUCACUGGAAAACAUGGCCAGGGAUUUGUCCCUGCCUGUGGAGGAGCUUGAGUCAACCAUUAGGUCACCUCAUUUGCUGUCAUGUGAGACGGAUGAGUCUGUGGGGGACAAGUUGGUGAAAUACCUGGAGAAAGUGUUUGCCGUCACCGGCGGACUCAUAGCCACCGGCCUUUACUUCAGAAAGAGCUACUACCUGCAGAAUUAUUUUCUUGAUGUAGUGACUGAUGAUGCUAAAAUUCUACUGAAGAAGAAAGUUUUCUUAGAGGAGUGUGAGGGCUCUGAGCGAGGCUGCAAAGAUGGGGAAACUGGAAAGAUGGCUUAAGGUGUUCCUGAAGCACCCUGGCCAGGCUGUGAGAACUUCUAGACUUUGUGACCCUUGCUGGGAAAGCCGAGGACUCUGGAAUGUUGUGCCGUGUGGCAGUCAUGUCACAGCCAGCAUGAGUCUUACCAGUGAUAUUUAAAGGGUCUCACUAUGUAGCCAUGACUAUCCUGGAACUCUCUGUAGACCAUUCUGGCCUCGAACUCACACAGAAAUCACCCUGCCUCUGUCUCUGCCUCUUGAGUGCUAGGAUGAAAGGUGUGUACUACCACACCUGGAAGAAAUGAUUUUUUUUUCAUUCAUGUGCCCAUGGCUUGCCUUGGCUCUGUGUGCUCUACUUGUGUGUGCUCAGCACUCACAAGCUGAAAGACGUCUCUGUUCCUCUUAUGGUUGUGAUCGGUUCAGUUCAGAUAAUAGAGGAACAGAAGACAAAAGAGAACCCGUGCCUGAGUGGAAGUAUUUUUUGAAGUACUUCCUCAGAGGUGCAAGUACAUGAGACAGGGAUGUAGUCCGAGGUUUGCACACAGCAGGUUCAGAUAUUCCUCACAUGCUAACAGAGAACUUUUUGUGCAUGAGGGUAGGGAAUACGAGGAAAGAUACUAGUGGUCCAAGGGGAAGUCCCCCCAAAACGCAGAAGCGUAGGGAUAUUUCAUUUGUACUUUAAUAAUUAAAGUUUGCCUGAAGAUCAGAGAGUAAAACAGCCACCCUGGUCAGCCUUACAGACCAGGUAGUGGUGACACACA